AUGGUAGACAAUUCGGGAACCUACCCUCUGAUGGUCUUAGGAUACGCGGCAGUCAUCGCAGGUGAGAUCGGCAAAGCGAGCCGGUCACGCUCGCAGACAUCGCAAGCGAUGUGCGCCCUUAAGACGUCAAAGCGCUUGGGUCUGACCGGAACGCCCCUGGAAAACGACUACGACGAAGUCCAGACCUUGUUGAAGUGGCUGGAAAUUAAGCCAUGGAACGACCGGAAGGUAUUCAACGAAUACUUCGCGUCGAAGAGGCCGAAGAAGUCCAAGGCACGCACGUUGAAGGGAGAACGCAACGCGAUUCUCUCGACUAGUCUGAGGGCUUGCGUCUUCCCUCUGAGGAUCGACGACACCUUCGAUGGGAAGCAGUUGGUCGAGUUCUCGCGAGCUAUCGAAAACCAUACCCCGGUGACACUCUCCCCCGAAGAAAAAGAUGAUGAGAAAGCGUGCUCUGCCGAAGAUCCUAAAGGCAAGGAUAAGACUGUCCACCCAAGAUGCGGUGAAUUCACGUAUGGAGACCAAGGAGCCCAAGACUAUAGUGGUCUGGGUCUCGACUUGGAGGAGUGGGAGAGCCUCACCAAAGAGGAGGCUCACAUCGACAUGACCGCGAAAGAGUCCCGCAAGCAACUGCUGAAGGAGACAGAGAAGGAUUGGCACUCCACACGAAUUGACAAGCUGAUCGAGCAGAUUCUCUCCCUGCACGGGGCCAAGAGCUAG